AUGAACAUAGACUAUGAAGAAGAAGAACGAGUGAGGAAGAGAGUAACUGAAAAGAUCCAUUUUGUGCUUCUUAUCAGUCGACAAGGAAAAGUAAGGCUCACAAAAUGGUAUUCACCAUAUUCUCAAAAGGAGAGAUCCAAGAUAAUUAGAGAGUUAUGUGGAUUAAUUAUCUCUAGAGCUCCGAAACUGUGCAACUUUGUGGAGUGGAAGGGAUUCAAAGUUGUUUAUAAAAGAUAUGCUAGUCUCUACUUCUGCAUUUGCAAUGACGAAGAAGACAACGAAUUAGAGACCUUGGCCAUUAUUCAUCACUUUGUUGAGACGUUGGAUCGUUAUUUUGGCAGUGUUUGUGAGCUCGAUUUGAUUUUUAAUUUCCAUAAGAGUGACUGGGCGAGAGUUCCUGUUGGGCGAGCAGAGUCCACUGUUUCUGCAAUGGUUGGGCGAGAGUUCCCUGUGGGCAAGUAG